AUGCAACCCCAGGUGUUCUAUUUCAACACGGUCCCUAUCCGUGCCGAAACCGUCCAAAAGCAGGAUCCACGUCGCGAAGUGUACCGCCUGAACCUCGACACAUGCCAGGAACUACACGGUCUCCCGACCGUUGUAAUCAUCAAGAAAAUGAAAGAAGGUUGGCACGAUGAAUUCGAGCACGAAAAGGAAGCCUAUAAGAAAUUGGAAAGUCUACAAGGAUCAGUGAUUCCCACGUUUUUCGGCCAAGGGACUUUCAACGGCAGUCCUGUCAUCGUCAUUUCCGAGGUCGUCGGUAAGACACUUUACGACCUUGCCCAUAGCGGGGUUCCUAUUUCUUUGGAUGAGCUUCAACGUCGACUUGAGAAAGUCAUGUGGCGGCUACAUUCGUGUGGCGUGGAGUAUUUGGACCAGCGACUGGACAACUUCUUUCUCUGCGAUACGGGUGAAGUCAUGAUUGUUGAUCUGGAGCAAGUUAGGUUCCCGUUGGAUCUUGAUGAAUGGAAGCACAGCAUCAAUUAUGGGGGCUUGGGCUCUCUGUUAUAUCUGUUCAAUGAUAUCAGAGAAAGAAAGAGCCGACGCACCCAGGACGACUUUCUGUUUAGAAGACCGUAUAUUUUGGGUGGCUCGCUUUAUUGA